AUGUCAGAACAACAAACAUCUACAACAAAUAACCUAAUAAAAAUUAUUAAAAUGAAAGCCGGUUGUAUUAUACUGACAGUGUUAAUAAUCAUAGCAAUCUUGGCAGUUUGUGUUAUGGUAAAAUUCGCCACUGACAUAACAAUGGAGGAGAGGAAAAGAGACUCGAACACUGGCUCCGUGUACCAACUCGCGAAAACAAUGGGCAUCAUAAACCUCAAAGAGAAUUAUUCACUGAACAACGCGGAAAGAUUUCCUUACGUUGGCGCAGUAGUGGCUAACACCUCGGGGAUUUGGUCCUUUUCAUGUUUCGCCAGCGUAAUCUUGGUUAAAUUUAUUGUAACUUCGGCGCAUUGCGUGAAACGUGACACGAAACACAGGCUCCUGCUCUUUCACGAUUACACGAAGAAUUACAGUCACACGUACCCCGUUUUAUACUGGAAGCUCCACCAGAAAUAUAACGUGAGCAAGCCCACCCUCAGACACGACGUGGCCGUUGCAAAAUUGAAUGUGGACUUCUAUCCUUUUUCGACAAAAGCCUCCGUUUUUGACCGGAACCCGCCAGAAACGGACGUCCUUACCGCCGUUUUGUGGAAAACUGUAGCGGCCAUAGACAAGAAAAUGUAUUUGACGAACGAUUUUGAUAAAAUCGAAGUCCAAAUCACGAGUUACAACAGAUGCUUCGAAUCGUAUGGCGUGGACUUGGACGCCUCUUUGAUUUGCAUCGAUUUAACGGAGUAUGAAGAGUGUUUUGUUCACGAGUUCGGCCCUCUCUACUACGAGGAUAAGAUCGUGGGCGUGCUGGCUGUGAAGCCGAGGGACUGCGACACCAAAUACGCUAUCUUUACAAACGUGUCUUUUUAUAGAGAUUGGAUAUUGAAAUCAACUGGUACAACUUGUUACGGAUGA